AUGGCUUUCCAAGGGCCAUUUGAAAAGAGUGGAAAAUAUUGCAGCAACUCACCUUCUCCUACCAGCAUCCUCUAUGGAAUCCUUAACAGUGAAGAGCAAAGGAGGAAUCAAUGGACCCAUCAUGAUUUCUCCCUUCUCCCUUUGUUUCCAUCUGUCAGAUGUCCCUGUAGGGAGAACAGACGGGUUGUUCUGAAAACUCCAGACCUCAUUUGUGUUAGAGCUUCAGAAGUGCUUCUGAAAACUGUCACUUUUAUAAGAAACCUACCUACAUUUUUUCAGCUCCCUCCAGAAGACCAGAUCCUACUGACAGAGCAGUGUUGGGCACCUCUCUUCAUACUAGGCCUGGCUCAAGAACAAAUCGAUUUUGAACUGGAAGAGACCUCUGUUCCUAGUUUAUUGAAAAUGAUCCUUCUUAACCAAACUCUGACAGAUAAUCAACAGCUACAAAAUUAUCUUUUCGGGGCAUCACUGAUGGAAGUUCAGAAGCUAAAAAAUUUCCUGAGGAAAUUAUGGGAUUCAGAUGUUUGUGCAAAAGAAUAUGCCUAUCUCAAAGGAAUUGUCCUUUUUAACCCUGGCUUCCAGGAUCUAAAAUGCCGUAUUUUCAUCCAGACUCUUCAACAGGAAGCCCAACAAACUCUGAUGGAGUUCAUUUCAAUGAUUCAUUGCAGAAACCUGAGGAGAUACACUUGGCUGAUGGAACUGCUUGGACUUCUGAGGAGUUUCCAUACAAAUACUAUUGGAGACCUGUUUUUCAAGCCCUUCUUGGGAGAUGUCAAUUUAAGCAGCUUAUUUCAAGAAACACUCUACUCCAAAUAA